GUUUUCUCUUCAGUGGACUAUUGACCUGCAACAUAAAUGCAAAAAAGUGAAAAAGAAAUUUUAUAAAUUAUUAGCACUAUUAAUCUAUUUUUAUAACAUUUUUAAUAAGGAAAGAUGAAAAUUUUUCAAGUGAAUCAAUUGUCUCUAGUGAGAAAUCGCUUGGAGACUCAAUUAGCUAAGUUUUCAACGAAUUCUUCAGCUGAUGAGAAUUAUCAAUUUCUUCAAAAGUCAAAUAUGCCAACAUAUUACUUUCAAAAGUCUCUACCUCGAUUACCGAUACCAAAAAUAGAGAAGACUCUUGAGCGAUAUCUAGCUGCUCAACGUCCUCUUUUAACUGAUGAUGAAUUCAAAUUCACUGAAGAUUCCUGCAAGAAGUUUGUUAAGUCAGGUGGAUGGGAAUUACAAGCGAUGCUCAAAGAGAAAGACAAAGUCAACAGCCACACAAGUUACAUUUCCGAACCUUGGUUCACAAUGUAUUCAAAAGAUCGGGCGCCGCUGCCGGUUAAUUAUAAUCCGAUAAUCAUCAUGAAUCAAGACCCGAAGCCGGAAUAUAAUGAUCAAAUACUAAAGGCAGCAAACGUUGUAAUCAGCUCGAUGAGAUUCAUGAAGUCAUUGAAAAAUGAAAUUCUCGUUCCAGAGAUUUUCCACAUAAAUUCAAAGAAAACUGACACACCCGAAUUCCGAUCUAAAAUCAUGAAAUUUCCUACAUUCAUUGCAACUUAUGCUGCAUAUUUUUAUAAAGCAUAUCCAUUAGAUAUGAAUCAAUAUAAGGGAUUGUUUGGUGCAACGCGAAUUCCUAAACGUGAUAAUGACGUCAUUUAUAGAAAUGAAAACACAAAACACAUUUUGGUGCUUAAAGAUGGAAACUUUUACACAAUUGACGUUCUGGACGCUAAUGGAAACAUUCGUGAACCAGAAUUUAUUUAUUCGCAAUUAAAAUAUUUAGCAUCGAAAGAUUUGCCUGCGUCUUCAAAUCCAAUCGCUGCUUUAACAACUCAGAAUCGAAGGAUUUGGGCUUCAGCGAGAAAUCAUUUGAUUUCUUUGAGUGCAAGAAAUAGUGACAAUAUGACACUUAUUGAUUCAGCCUUGUUUUGUAUAAGUCUCGAUGAUACUCAUUAUGAUAGUACGAACCCAGUUCCAACGAUAAGAAAUUUCUUAUUUGAUGAAUGCAAGAAUCGAUGGUACGACAAAAGUCUUUCGGUUAUCAUUGAUAAAGAUGGAACAACUGGAGUGAAUUUCGAACAUUCUUGGGGUGAUGGAGUCGCCGUUCUAAGAUACUUUAAUGAACUUCAUAAAGACACAAUUAACAAUCCUUUUGUUCAUCCAACCACUCAAACACAUCGUGACGGUGUUGAACCAACCGUCAAACUUCUCGAAUUUGAUUUCGAUGAAAAAGCUGAAAACGACAUUAAAGUUGCAAUUGAAGCACAUCAAAAUGUAAUUAAUUCAAUUGACAUGAGAUAUCUUAAAUACGAAAAUUUGAACAAAUCGGAAUGUAAGAAAUUCAAAGUUAGUCCCGAUUCGUUUAUGCAACUCAGUUUUCAAAUGGGCUACCAUAAACAAAAUGAGAAAUUUGUUGCAAGUUACGAAAGUUGUUCAACUUCCGCUUUUCGUCAUGGACGAACGGAAACAAUUCGUCCUUGCACAUCUGAAACAAAGCAAUUUUGUGAAGCAAUUUCUUCGAAAAAUCCACCAUCGAACAAGGUUCUUAGAGAACUUAUGGAUAAAUGUUCAACCAAACACAAUCAAUUAACAAAAGAGGCUGCGAUGGGUCAAGGAUUUGACCGUCAUUUGUUUGCUUUAAAAACUGCCGCUGAACGUGUCAGAAUUAUUGAUAAUUUUGACAUCUUUAAAGAUCCAGCAUACGCUCGAAUUAAUCAUAAUAUUAUAUCGACAAGUACAUUAAGUUCUCCUGCACUUCUUGCAGGUGGAUUUGGACCUGUCGUGAAAAAUGGCUAUGGAAUUGGUUACAGCAUUCAAGAUAAAUUUCUUGGUUGUUUAGUUGCCAACUACAAGAAUGAAACUGACGGAAAAGAAUUUAUUGAAUGCAUGCGUGAAUCAUAUGAUCAACUUGCUGAAGUCGUUCGAUCAUGAAAAUAAUUAUUUUCGUUUUAAAAAGACAUUGGUGAAGGGUAGAAAAAAUAUUCGAAGUGAACUUGUUGAAUUUUAAUAAAAGAAAAACUUUUAAUAUUUAUUCAAGUGGUAGGUUUAUUAAAAUUACUUUUA